AUGUAUGGAUCUACAAUCGGAGAACUUAACGUUUACCUGGUCAAUGAAAGAACACUUGAGGAAACCUAUGUUUGGCGGCUGAACGGCCAACAAAACCCUGACCAGUAUACGUGGUGGCAGGGCAAGUUAGGACUUAUUGACGAGGGCGUGACAACACCAGUUCCUUCUUUAGGAGAUUCCUACGUGAUCAAGUUUGAGGCUGUCCUCGGCUACUUCAAUUAUGGAGACAUUGCUAUUGAUGAUUUGGAUGUUGAAACUGAGGCAUGCACAGUAUAUCCCACAUCAGCUGAACCAUCGUUACAAGAAUCAGCGAGCUGUGAUUUCGAAGUGAAUAGAUGUGGCUGGUUUGAUGUUGAUGACGAUCGCCUGGACUGGCUAAGAUACCGAGGCCAGACCCCAACGCCUAACACCGGACCUUUCAAGGAUCAUACAACCGGAAACGGAUUCUAUUUAUUUUUCGAGUCUACUUCAGGACAGCAGGGAUACAGUGCCGGUGUCAGAUCACCAGUAAUCCCUAGUGCCCAAGGUGCGUGUUUCAGCUUCUGGCUCUACAUGUAUGGCCAAACGAUGGGACAACUGGAGCUCUUGUUAUCCAGUGCCGACGGGACAGGAGAGCUUCCUCUAUGGCGGCAAGAUGGAACGCUACAGAACGAAUGGGUGUACAGACAAAUAGAUCUCACAGUCGAUUAUGACUUCCGGUUUAUUUUCAACGCGUAUCGUGGUUCCAGUGGGUACGGCGAUAUUGCCAUUGAUGAUCUAUCUUUUGACGAUACAUCGGUUUGCCCCCACCUUCAGGAGUGUUCCUUCGAGACGGAUUAUUGCGGCUGGUUACAGGAGACUGUUCAAGAUGACUUUGAUUGGAAGAGAACUCGAGGAAAAGAUAAUUCGGAUAUCCCAAUUGAUAGUACAACUGGGGUCAACACAGGGUACUACGCUUGGCUAGACACCACAACGAACACUAUUGACGGCCAGACUGCUAUCCUAUUCAGCCCGACUUACACCCUGACAUCAAUUCCUCAUUGUCUUCGGUUUUGGUAUUACCAUGAUGGAGUUGGCGCCCUCACCGUUCAUUCUCGCCAAUCUGGAACCUAUUCAGAUCCAUUAUGGGCUGCACCCCCUGAAGGUGUUACGGGCUGGAGGUUCGGAAGCAGUACGGUGACCGACGCCAAUAGUUUUCAGGCUGCUUUUAAGGGCACCGUAGGUUCCAGCCCAGGAUCCAAAAUGGCGCUUGAUGAAGUUCGGAUAGACAUAGGGGCAUGUCUGCCACUAGGAUAUUGCACGUUCGAGGAGCCUAUAUGUGAUUGGUUCAAUGUUGAAUAUGACGAUUUUGACUGGACUUUACUUACCGGUAGUACACCAAGCAGUGGUACAGGGCCGGUCAAUGACCAUACACUUGGUACCCCACUAGGUCAUUACAUUUAUAUAGAAUCAACCAACUCUCACAGUGACUACCAGGCGAUAUAUGAGUCGGUUGGCUUCCCUCCAAAAAUCGAUGGAUGUUUCUCGUUUUGGUAUCACAUGUAUGGGAAGGAACUAGGAAAUCUAAAUGUUUAUACGGAAGAGUUGUCAUCUGGCAAACGAGAUCUCAUUUGGAGUAAGGAAGGGGAUCAAGGAACAGCUUGGAUACCAGCGAAGGUUGAUACAUCUGUGGGUGUCUAUCACAAGAUAUUCUUCCAAGCGAUCGACCAUUCUAACCAAGGAAGCUAUACUGGCGAUAUUGCCCUGGAUGAUUUAGAAUAUUUGGAUCAUGACUGUAAAUAUGUCCCACCCCCUACCACCCCUCCUACCAUACCAUCAGUUACUAUUACACCCCUCCCGUGGGAUUGCACCUUCGAAGGGGGUACAACAUGUACCUGGACCCAAGGAACUAACGAUGAUUUUGAUUGGACUAUUCAAAAUGGUAGCACACCGACUAUUGGAUCAGGCCCUUCGGCCGAUCACACAACUCAAACUCCAUACGGUAAAUAUGCAUUGAUUGAUGCCAUGUCAGGCAAUGCAGAAGAUGUAGCUCGUCUGUACAGUGAUGACCUACCAGUAGGAACUCAAAUGUGUCUUACAUUCUGGUAUCAUAUGUACGGCGCACAUGUUGGAUCACUAAAUGUUGGCUAUGGAAACACUGAUGGAAACGAAGAGGGAACAGUGAUUUGGACGAAAUCGGGAACACAGGGUUACGACUGGAAUCUGGGACGAGUGGCCAUCAUUGCCAGAGAAACAAACCCAAAGGUUUAUAUAGAGGGAGUAUCAGCCGCUGGUUACCAUGGUGACAUUGCAAUCGAUGACAUCAUCAUGGUCUAUGGAUCUUGUCCGGCUUUGUUAUUCUGUGACUUCCAACCCGACGAUGCGUGCGGAUUUAUCAAUUCGGAUACUGAUGAACUGGACUGGACUAGAGACCGUGGUUUAACAUCAGUUUCCACUGGACCUCAGCUUGACCAUACAUACGGAACGGCAGAAGGGUAUUAUAUGCGAAUAAAGACCGGACAGCGCACUAGAAUAAAUGAUAUGGGAAGACUGUGGACCCCUGAGUAUCCAGCACCACUGAGCGGAUUCAGAUGCGCUGAAUUCUGGUUCGUUAUGAGUGAUGUGUUUGGUGAAUUUUCCCUCGAAGCUGUGUAUCUGGAUGAGAAUAAUUACAUUAUACCAAGUGGAAUAAAAGGAAUAUACUCGCUCACCAGUUCAACGAUUGAUGACAGUCGGCCUGCAAAUCGAAGGUUUGGAACUGCUGUGCGGUGA